GUAGGCAAGUACACAGUCUCAUUUUUAAAACCUAAAGUCCACUCUCUCUCUAACCAUUCCCAAUUUCAUUGAAAAAUUUAAUUCUCUCUCUAAUUUCUCAAUUUCGCUAAUUUUCUCUCCCAAAACCAAACAAACUCAUCAAAACGACGUAGCUUUAUCUCUGCACCACUCUCUCCUCCGAUCACCGGAGGAGUCACAAACUCCAGCAACUCCCUUCCCUGAUUCCCUAACAAACUUUCAAUUCAACCUUUCACCGUUUCCUUUUCUGAUUUCUUCUCAGAAAAUGGCUUAUUACAGUUGCUAGGCUCUCACCCUUCUCAAAUCUUUCUCUCUGAAUUCACCCUGUACCUUUUCUUCGUUAACCUAAUUCACUUCUUUCUUAUGGCUAUUCGUGUUACUUUCUCGUUUUCCGGUUAUGUCGCCCAAAACCUUGUUUCCUCCGCCGGCGUUCGAGUCGGGAAUUCUCGUUGUGUCCAAGAGUGUUUCAUCCUUUCUCGCCUCUUUGGAUCCAAUCAGAAAACUAAACCCGAUCUCGAUCGUUCCGGCGGCGUUGGUAAUUCUUACUCUGAUUUUAGAAGACCUAAAAGUUGUACCUAUUCUACCCUCGCCGGAGAGCUUCUCACCGAAGGUUGUAAUAAUCCGAUCAUUUUAGGAUUAAUUUCGAUGAUGAAGUCAACGGCUGUCGUUUCUGGGUCAACAUCGGCGGCUAUGGGUAUUAUGGGUAUUUCACCUUUCAAACCCUCUUCAAUUAUACCUUUUCUCCACGGUUCGAAGUGGCUUCCUUGUAACGAAUCUGUUGCUGUUGCCACAACAUGGGAGGUUGAUAAAGGUGGAACACAGUGCGACACUUUUUCUAAUACAAAAUCACAUUUGAAUCAAAAGGAGAAUAACAGUGGUUGGAUUUCAAAAUUGUUAAAUGUUUGUUCUGAAGAUGCUAAAGCUGUUUUUACUGCUGUUACGGUUAACUUAUUGUAUAAAUCUCAUUUGGGUGAACCUAAAUCUAUUCCUUCUGCUUCAAUGUAUCCAACACUUGAUGCUGGUGACCGUGUUCUUUCAGAAAAGUUUUCUUUCUUCUUCAGAAAGCCUGAUGUUUCUGAUAUUGUGAUUUUCAAAGCACCAUCUUUUUUGAAGGAAUAUGGUUUUAGUUCAUCUGAUGUUUUUAUUAAAAGGGUUGUGGCUAAAGCUGGUGAUGUUGUUGAAGUUCGUGGUGGAAAACUACUGGUGAAUGGUAUUGCUGAAGAAGAGGAAUUCGUAUUAGAACCUCUUGCUUACGAGUUGGCUCCAAUGGUUGUGCCAAAAGGACAUGUGUUUGUGAUGGGAGACAAUCGUAACAAAAGUUUUGAUUCUCAUAACUGGGGUCCACUCCCGAUUGAGAACAUUGUUGGUAGGUCUAUGUUUCGCUACUGGCCUCCAUCCAAAGUAGCUGACACUCUCACGGUUCAUGCACCCCCACCUGGAAAUAAAUCUGUUUCAGUUUCUUGACAUGAUUUCAACUACAUCCUUAGAGUGAUGAAAGAUUCUUGAUACAUUCAUUUAUUCUGAAUGAACUGCUACUCUGGUUUUGGACUAGGAGUGAGUUGUUAUUCAACAAUUCUCCCAAGACAGGCUGCUUGUCUUGAUUAAAGUUUGGGAUGAAUAUCUUAUUCAUUGAUGCAAAUCUGUCAAUGACCUAAUAAUACUGUUGUUCAGUGCUAUCCUGAGAUGUAUGGCCCCUUGCAUAAUAAGUUUGGGGGGUAAAGAAAAAUUGAAGAAACAAUGAUGGCGGGUUUGUGUUGUAUUCUUUCAUGUGUUUUUUUUUUUUUCAUCUUAUUUUCUGAAUGUUAGAAACUCGAGGAAAGCUUCGACAUAGAGCUAUUUUACUCCUUGUAAGCAAGUUUCAUAAUAAAAGCCGCCUCAUUGUUUGUGUUUAAUGUGGCCAUUUAUUCAUAUAAAUGAAAUUAUUCGGGCAA